UAUGUCACUCUACUACAAAAUGGCCGUCGAAUGUUAUUUUCAUUCAUGGUGAUUUUGAUGUGUAAUUUGUUUGCUGCAAAUUAUUUCUAUAAACCAUGACUAGUUUAAUUGAUAAAAUUGAAUUACUUAUCAAAAGAGAAAAAACAACUCCAGAAAAGAAACAAAAAGAUGAUUCUACCAAGAGUUCUAGUGAAAUUCUUUCUGAACUGUUCAGUGCAUUUAACGCAGAUCCACCAAAAAUUGAUGAUGUUACGCUAAAAAAGUCUAAGAAAAGCAAGAAGAAACACAAGAAGGAAAAGAAAAAACGUAGCCGAAGUUCUAGCAGCAGUAGUUCAGAUGGUAGUGAUUACACUCACAGACACAAGAAGAGGAAAAAAAGUAAGUCCAAAAAACGCAAAGAUGAUCGUUCUCCCUCUCGCUACCGCUCAAGAACCCCUUUGCUAAAACCGGAUCCUGACACUAAAGUUAAAUUUGAGACUAGUUUUAUAAAAUCUGAAGAUUCAAAGGUUAAGAAGGAGGUAAAACCUGUAAUUAAGACUGAAGUAAAACGGGAAGUAUCUGUAAAAUGUGAGGACAAAAAUUCUGCAGAUCUUAUCGAUGCGAGUCUCAUUCCUAUGCCAGAGUCUCCCAAGAAUUCUUCUGAUGAAGCUAAAACAGAUGGUAAGAAAAAUGACACAAACCAAUCGGAGAGUGACAAGUCAAAAGGUAAAAUUCAGAUUAAAAACUUAAAAUUUAGUGCUGUAUAUGAAGAAACUGUUAAAAAAGCCGAAGAAGAAGCAAGAAAAAGGGCAGAGAAAUAUGAGGAGGGUGAGGUGAGUGAUUCCUCAUGUGAGUCAGUCAAAGAAAUUGUGGUCAAUUCACAAUUUCCCAAAUCAUCUGACCCGGGCGGGAUACUUAAAAAGCAAGCUGUUGAAGAAAUUAGAAUAUCCGAAGAAAUUAAAAGCAGUUCCAAGAAAAGUAAACACUCUGAUAAGGAAAGCCGCAGCAAAUCAUCUCGUAAGGACAAGAGCAGAGACAGGAGUAGAUCUCGUAAAAGCAGAUCAAGAUCCCGUUCAGCAUCCCGCAAGCACCACAGGUCUUCUUCCAAGUCGCGUCACCGGAGUCGGUCUGCGCACAGGGACAGGACGAGGCGGCGGUCGCGAUCGCACACGCGGUCCCGUCAUCAUUCGCCAAGGCAUAGGGGUCGUAGAUCAAGGUCGCCAACUGGCGUGAGGCUAGCGGACAGCGAGAAGAAGCGUCUGCUAGAAGUGGCUAGACGGAACGCCAUCAAUAUGCUCAAGAACGGCGCGGUGCCGGCCGGCGCCGCCGCGCUGCCGCCGCAUACUAGGAACCAAGUCAUGGCCGCCAUACAGUCGGGUGGUAAAUCAGUAGACGAGUUAACAGACUUCUGCAAACAUCUAUCAAAGAAAGAGGCACUUGGCGAGCUGUCUUCUGUUUCAUCGCACGACGACGAUAUGAGCGAGAACGAAGAUACUCUGGCAUUCCACCAUCCCUUCCUUGUUAAGGAGAAAGCACCUAUUGUACUUAAUAUUAGGGGUGCUGCCCCGCUACCGAUCAAGUCGUCAACUCUGCCCGUGGCCAACAAAGAAGAGUUGCGAUUACAAUUCCCCGUGUCCUCGGGAUCUCAGCACAGGGAGAAAGCAUCAGAAUGGGUUCCAGUAUCACCACCCAAAAAAGACAUGCAAGUGGCAAAACUCAAUUCAUCGAAAUCACAUAAGGCUGAUAUUCCAGCUAUAGCUCCUGCAGAACUUACUACAACUUCAUCAAAGUCGUCUGGGCCCCUAGCACUACCAGCGCCGCCCACUCCUACGGCCACUCCAUCUUAUAUGAAGAGUUUUACGUCCGGCUCGCAGUUGACGUCAGUUGUGAAUAUCCCAGCGCUCCCCGCCCCCGGGCCCCAAGCUUACCCACCAGGGAUCGAUCCACCGAAAAUUGAUAUGGCGUCAAUAGUGUCUCAAAAGAUAGCGAUGAUACGCAGAGAACAAGAACAGAAUGAGUUGACCGGUGUUACGGCACGAGGUUUCGGCUGGAGCUCCGACACGAGCCUGGGCCAGUUCACGGGCUCCACGGGCGCGCAGAUCCUGACGCCGCGCGAACUCGCCAGCGGCACGCAGGCCUGGGCCAAGAAGGAUCAACUGGUAAGAGCGGCGCCAGUGGAGGGCGGCAUGGGAAUGCACCUUCUCCAGAAAAUGGGCUGGACCCCCGGCCAGGGUCUGGGCAAAGAGGGCACUGGCACCCUCCAGCCGCUAUUGCUCGAGGUCAAACUGGACACCAAGGGUUUGCAGGCCAAAGAAGAGGCUAACAACAGGAAUAACAGAGCUAAACAGCUGCAAAGACACAGCCGCGCACGUGGGGGCCCCGCGCCGCUGGUUGCCGGCGGGAAACACCCUGUAUCGUUGCUGGGCGAAUACUGCUCGAAGCAGAAACUUGGACCGCCCGAAUACAAUCUAUGCUUCGAGUGCGGCCCUGAUCACAAGAAGAACUUCCUGUUUAAGGUGUCCGUUAAAGUGGCGGGAACAGAAUACCAGCCUGCAGUCGCUAGCGCUAACAAGAAACAGGCGAAAGCAGACGCCGCUCAGUUGGCACUGCAGAAAAUUGGCAUACUAACUUAAUUUGUAAAUAUAAAAGUAUAGGAUAAUUGUAGAAUUACAUAAAUCCAUGUAUGCAUUUACCAUUGUGUAAAAGAGCAGUUUUGGUUGUAUAAAAUAAAAUUGGAAUAUUCAAA